AUGUCCGAAAGAGCAUCGAUCGUGACCGCAGUGCAGACCGAUCAAUGGACCGAACUCGUUCGGGCUCUAACAACAGUAAAAGAGGAAGGACUGUGGUCUCGAAUCGGCCCAUACAAUCGCAAGAAUUUUCAUGCACUUGUACUGGAUUCUGUAGCUGAAACGAGUGACCUACCGGAUGUGCUACGACAGUUUUAUCGCCUGUUCACUUCCGAAGCAAUCUUGGUGAUUCUCAGCGAUCUGACAGGUAUUCGCCUCCAUCCAAACUCAGUCAUACCAGAUGCAAACAUUUCCAUCACGACUGAAGGUACAGUUUCGGAGGCGAAGCGGGCACGCACAGUGGACGAAACUGCAAAUUCUGCAGACGUUACUAGUUCCGCCAUGGACUCCGAAUGGGCCUCAUUGACCGAUCCACAACUUCGGCGUUGGCGUUCCGGUUGUUAUACACUGUUAGCUGACACGGACCUCAUAGGUGGAAGCUGGCGUUUGGAAUCUGUGUUUCACGUAGCCGGGUUUGGGAAACCAGUUCGCAAACAUGCUAAAUAUCUGAACGAAUCUGGGCCGGAAAAGCCGUCGCCCUGUUGGGAUCCUGCUUGGGGCGGCCAGAUUGUCUAUGUGGCCAAAGACGAACCGGAUGAUUUGCUCACAGUUCGACCGGUCGAUAAUGCACUCACCCUCGUCUACAUAGGGCCGGAUACGGCCAGUUUCGUUCAGUAUAUCAAUCACACCGCAAAAUCAAUUCCUACGGAAGGAAAGCAGACAAGCCACACUAUCAGUGCUGAUUCUGCGGCCUGUGCGUAUGAUCUGGCCCUGACCUAUUACGAGCCAAUGAGUGAUGUGCAAUCGGAGAUUGCGGGAAGCUCGAUUGUCGGAUCAGAUGAUUUCUCAAUGAGCAGUGAGGAUUUUGUCGAAGAUGGCGACGAGAUUACUGCGGCGUCGGAGGAGAGUGACGAAAAGGUGGCGAACAGCAUUGCUGCUGAGUCAGGGGAUGUAGUGGGUGCGAACGGGCCUGACGCUGUUCCGAGUCCCUCAUCGAACGAAUGA